AUAAACCAAGCCGAUUCCAAAUUCCUCGACCCAUUCCGUUUCAAGCCGCGCAAACAAACCCUCCUCUGUAUAUUUCAGUGCAAAUACAACUUCGCGUCCAUUCAAUCUUCGCCACAAUGUCUUUGGAGUUCUUGCAUAAAUUCUUUGCCGCAUUCUUUCUUUUAUGUUUUCACCCUGCCGUUGGCGAUUUCAAUUCUAUAUAUCUUCCACAAACUUAUGCCAUUAAUUACGAACAACCAACAAUAAUCAUAUGCGGCGACGGUCAAUAUUUUGAUAAUUGCGCUUCACCAUGUCCUGUGACCUGUGGGAACAUUAAUAACCCGCCUUAUUGCCCGGCAAUUUGCACGAAGGGUUGCACGUGUAUCAACAGGCGUUACGUAUACGACAGCAGCACUGGGAGGUGUGUACCUCCUGAGUACUGUCCUGUACAGACAGACCGCUGCAGACAUAAUCAAACUUACUAUCAAACUAAUUUCAAUGGACCUACGUGUGAUGGGGUGGUCAUUGGUUACAACCAACCCGGGUGUUAUUGCGGAAAUAGAUUUGUGCUAAACAGACUGACCGGGCGAUGUGUACUACCUAGGGAUUGUCCUAAAUAUCCCAGGGAUCAGGUUUGCCCAAAUAAUGAAUAUGUUAAUUCUUGUAAAAAUCCAUGCGAAGCAACUUGUCGUAACCCAGUAGAUAAAAUUUGUCCCAUACCUCAAUGUAUUUAUGGUUGCUCAUGUAAGAAAGGUCUUGUGAGAGAUGAAUCAAGCGGAAAGUGUAUCGACCAAUGUUAUUGUCCAAAAAAUCCUAACACUUCCAAAUGUGAAAAAGGCGAAGAAUUCUCAACGUGUGGAUCUCUAUGUGAACCAACAUGUAAGAACCCUCAAAGAACAUGCAACUCAAAUUGCGUUAAGGGAUGUUUUUGUAAGAGGGGUUAUGUUAGAAUGUUUGAGGAUGGAGGUUGCGUUCCCCCUGGGAUUUGUCCUUAUAUACUUUAACCUUAUUAUCUAUUUACAAUUCUAUAACAAAUAUUGAUAGAAUAAAUGUUUUUAAAAAUAAUAUAAUCAAAUAUGUAAACUGAUUAUAAUAAAUACUUUUAGCAUCACG